AUGUCUCCACAAAUUAACAUUCUGAUCACUGGUGCCACCGGAUAUGUUGGUGGCAGUGUUCUAGACAGAUUAUUGAAGCAUCCAGAGGCAUCUUCGUUCAAAAUUUCUGCAAUUGUACGCUCAGAGGAAAAGGGACGCAAGAUCGAAAAUUUAGGAGUUGAAAGCAUCAUCGGAUCGUACGAGGCCGAUGACUUGAGCUUUCUUACAGAUGCUGCUUCUCGAGCAGAUGUAGUCUUUGCUAUAGUGAGUGGAGGGUAUGUUCUUUGUAUACAACUCCAUCGCUCAUCCAUACCACACAAGGCGAACUCAGAUCAUCUGCCUUCAGCCCGAGCAAUUUUACAUGGAAUGAAACGUAAAUUCAAACAGUCUGGUAAAGCACCUGUUUUGAUUCAUACGUCUGGAACAGCAAUCGUGAUGGAUGACUCUCGGGGUUUAACCUCUGAGCACAUGAUUUUCAGCGAUUUGGAUGUCGAAAAGCUGAACCUUCUUCCCGAGACUGCAUUACAUCGGAAUGUGGAUAUCCCUCUAAUUGAAGCAGAUAAAGAAGGCUUUGUGAAAGUAUAUUUAAUCACUCCAGGAACAAUUUUUGGAGUCCCUACUGGCCAACUUGUUGACCUUGGCCUUCAGAAUACACAUUCUAUGCAAAUCCCAUUUAUCGUAAAACCAUCUAUCACACGCAAACAGGGAGGAUAUAUCGGCAAAGGACUGAACACCUGGUCUGCUAUUUCUCAUGAAGAAGUGGUAGAUCUAUACAUCAUUCUCUUUGAUGCCAUUCGCAACAGCCCAGACAACGUUGCUCACGGCACUGAAGGUUAUUACUUUGCAGAGAACUUUGAAUACUCGGGUAUCGAACUCGCACGCGCCACGUCUGAGGCAUUGGUUGAACUUGGGAUAGGAUCUAGCAGCGAACCUAGCGCCUUUACCCAGGAAGAACUCGACACGUUCUUUGGGCCUAUUUGGCCGCUCCUCGCUACCAAUUCUUACGCAAAAGGUGAUCGAUCCCGUGCCCUGGGCUGGAAGCCUAAAUGCACAAAGAAAGAGUUUUUAGAGAAUGUCAAGUUCGAAACUAAGCAGCUACUUGCCGAGUCAAAGUAG